CCGUGGCUGAGGGAGGUCAGUGCAGCUCGCGAACAGAAGGUUCUCUCGCACUGACGAAACGUGACGCGGACUCGAAGUCGGUUGUGUGACGCGCGUGUGCUGGUGUGACGUGGUGGAUACUGUUUUGUGUCUUUCUUUUUUUUAUUAUUCUUUCUGUUUUUGGAGGUGUUGGUGCUAGUGUCGACGUUUAACAGUGUGUGUGACGUAACCCUAACGUCAUGGAAGUUGUGACGUGCCGUGCUUGUCGAGUCUCACGGGGAAGGUUGGAGUGAGGAGGACCUGUGUGGCUUAUGGCAGACAUGUUCCUGUGUAUGUGUAGUCCGGGUGCACCAGCCCCUCCUGGCCUAGGAGGACCUGAGGACAACCCAGAAAAGGAGGCUGAUGACCAGAAGGAUACUGGGGUCAUUGCACAGUCUGACGUUUGUGUGACUCAGCCUUCAUCUCCGUCGCUGCCUCCAACUAAUGUUUCCGCCCCCAGUUUAACCAAGGAAUGUGAGAACACUUCUGUUACUGAGGAGACAAGUUUUGCAUCUUGCCUAACUGAGGAGACAAGUACCCUCUCAGAAUGCUGUGUCCUGCCUUCUCAAAAUGUGACCCCGGCCAGUGAAGCCUCGCGUGCUCCAGGCAGGGAACACCAGGCAGAUCCAUUGUCAAAUUCCGUGUCUGACUCAGUCGCUCUGAACAUUACCCAAAAUGGUGUUAAAAAAGACUCCGAGUACGAGAGUGCAGAGGAACUUGACUCUCCUGCAGGUGCAUCAGCUGUUGUGGAAGAACCUCCAUCUACAAGUGCCAACGUUGUUACAAAUCAAACCCAGAGCUCGGAACAGGAGCUUGGAUUACCAGUGCCACUAGAAGGUAUUAAAGAGAAUAAAGAAGAAACCAGUAAUACUGAGGUAAUUCAGAAUUCUGUGGCCAAGGAAACAGAAUCUCAAGUAAUUCAGGAAACAGUAACUGGUCUCCCAGAAUCUGAUUCAAAAGACUUAGCAGACACUAUCAGUGACUCUUUGGUAACUGUAACUAAGAGUGAAAUUAUUGAAGAAUCUAUUCAAGUUCUAUCAGAUGCUGCUAGUAAGACAGAUGUCACUGAACCUGUAAAAGGUGAAACACGUAUAAUCACUACUCAGACAGUUGAAACAAAUGGCAAUUUAAGUGAAGUACAUGCUAAACUCUCUACUACAACUGAAAACUCUCAACACAGAAUUACAGAAAAGGAAAAUAUUUGUAAUGGUGAUGAUAACUGCAAUAAGGAAAUUACUGAUAAUCUUCAUGUCAGUUGUCCAGUAACUGACAACCAAAAUAAUUCAAACCUUAUUAGUGAGCCAGUGAAUGAAAAGGGUGUGAAGGUCGAGACUAACUCAGAAAACACAGAGAAAGCAGAAAGAAAUUCAAGCCCUUUUCCACUGCCAGAAAGAGCUGAAAAUACAGAGGAUAUUCCAAUUCCUCCAAAGAAAUCAUACAACCUUGAUUUUCUUGAUAAUUUAGAAGAUCCAAAUUUCAACCCUUUUGCUACAAAGACUGUUGUCAGAAACACUCCACCAACCUAACGCAGAAGCUGAA